AAAAUAGACCAAUCUACAUAUGCUUAAGAAUUUCUCACAAUCCACCACGAAAUCGACGUAAAUUCAAUCAAUAGCAUUUCAAUAUAUAUCAGCCCGUCCUUCGUUCAAAAACAUUUUAAUGUUAUGUCACUCACAGUGACGACUAUCGACCGAAGCGAGCAGAAUCGCAAAAAAAUUAAUGAAACUGCUGAUUGUUCAGAAUAAAAUUGUCGGGUACGAAACUGCUCCCCAUUCAAUAAACUUUUAAUUGAAAAUGUUAAUAGGACCUUGGCUCGUGUAGUUGAAGUACACACCUGCCACCAAACACCAAUGAGUAACAACGGAACGACGAUGUCCGACUACGAGCGAAUUCGCUUAGUUAUCUUAGGAGGCCCUGGCGUGGGCAAAAGCUCGAUCGUCAAGAGGUUCCUUUCGAACACAUAUACCAGUAAAUACAAAAGCACCAUCGAGGAUUUGUACAACAGGGAGUAUGACCUGGGGCAUAUGACUUUAAAAGUUGAUAUUCUGGACACCGCAGGAGAUAUGCAGUUUCCCGCUAUGAGGAGGCUCUGUAUAGCUACUGCCCAUGCCUUUCUUUUAGUGUACGCUGUGACUUCGGCUCCUUCGUUGGACUGUAUCAAGCAAUGCUUCGAAGAAAUUAGGGAACAACGGGGAGAUUUUCAGGACAUUCCCAUAGUAGUAGCAGGAAAUAAAUUGGACUUGACGUCGACGCAUCGAGAAAUUCCCAUUGAGGAUGUGUCGGAGUGGGUUUACUGUGAACUUCCAAAAUUGAGGGUGAAAGUCCUGGAGUGCUCGGCGAAAGACGACAUCAACGUGAAAGAAAUAUUCCGCACAUUCCUGACCCUCUCCCGGAUUUUCCCGCGCGACCCGGAGGAAGCGGGAGGGCUUAAGCGUCGUUCCAGCGCUUACGUCUCCAACAAGGGGGGAAGGAGAAACGCCAGCCCCGCACCCGAAAAGGACAAAGCCGGACCUUCCGAAGGAAAAGACACUUUAAUGAAACCACGGUCCAGGUCCCUCAUCAGGAGGGCCAGCAGAAAAACCAAACAGCAAAUGAGGGAGGCGCAGGGAGGGACCGAUGACUGCCACGUAUCGUAGAUUG